AUGGACAUGGAAACAGGGCAGAGCUCGAUGGACGAGCAGUUUAGGUCCUCAUCUGUGGAUCUGAAGAUACCCCAGAAUACACUGAAUAAGUCAAAGAAAGAGUCACAACAUGGAGAUGAUCAAACAAAGAAGGUCAAAAAAAGAAAGAAAAAGGUUGAAAUGGCCUGCGUUUACUGCCGCCGUUCUCACAUGAUUUGUGAUGACGCUAGACCGUGCCUGAGAUGUAUCAAAAGAGGUAUUGGUCAUCUCUGUCAUGAUGAAACAACGCCAGGGCGCCAAAAGAAAAAGCUUAAAUCGAAUGAUAAUCAGACAAGCCUGAAUAUUACUUCUACUGAAUCUCCGCACGACACAAAUAUGAUACCUGACAAUACCCGCCCACAGCCGGUCUCCAUGUUCCCACAAGGAGUCCAACUGCAGCAGAAACCGAGUGUGAUGGCACUAAAUAAAAAUCUACCAUUUAACCAGGAGCCGGUAUUUUACUCUGAGCAUGCGGGUAGCGAGUUCAGCUCUCUUAAUGAUUUUCUAUCUAUGAUUGAUGAUCCAGAACUUGUGAAUGGUGCUCUUAAUGAAAACUCAACGAACGCGGACUCACUCAUGGCAUUUCUGAUGACGCCAUCCGAUCAUCUAAAUUCUAGUAAUGUUACAUCGGGGAUAAAUAGUAUGCUACUGUUCUCGCCAAAUGUGCAGCCUAUCCCCACUUUUUCGGAUGAAAACCCACGACAGAAAAUGGAGAGUCAACAGUUUGCCCAAACGCAGCCUUACCAGGAGAGGAAAACAGAUGGCGUCCAAAACACGGAGUAUGCUAGAUCGCAUACUGCAGCAGCAGAUGGAAAUCUGCAGCCGUUGAUAUCUGAUUCAGCAAGAGACAAGUUUUUCUUAACAGCUGCUGAUCCAACGACAGAGAUAUCACCAGAAGAGCGGUUGAAACAGGUUAUCAAGGCCAAACUCGAAGCUGGAUUGCUUCAGCCGUACAAUUAUGCGAAAGGUUACGCUAGACUUCAAAGCUAUAUGGAUAACUAUAUGAAUCAAUCUUCAAGGCAAAGAAUUCUCAAACCGCUUUCAAUAUUUCGGCCAGCAUUUCGGGCUAUUGCAAGAACGCUAAAAGAUGUGGAUUUGGUGCUCGUGGAAGAAAGUUUCGAGAGAAUGCUUCUUGAUUAUGACCGAGUUUUUACAUCCAUGGCCAUUCCAGCAUGCCUUUGGAGACGUACUGGUGAGAUUUACAGAGGAAAUAAAGAGUUUGCAUCGUUGGUUGGAGUGACGACAGACGAUUUGAAAGAUGGAAAACUAGCGAUUUACGAGUUGAUGAGUGAAGAGAGUGCCGUUAACUUUUGGGAAAAAUAUGGUGCCAUCGCUUUCGAUAAGGGCCAAAAAGCAGUACUUACGAGCUGCAAUUUAAGAACCAAGGAUGGUUUGAAGCGAAAGAGUUGCUGUUUCAGCUUUACAAUCAGACGAGACCGGUACAAUAUUCCAAGCUGUAUAGUUGGAAACUUUAUCCCCAUCGAGGUUUAA